AUGAGGCUAUCGCACGUAGCCUUGGCAUGGAUAUCAGCACUGCCUUCUGCUGCUGCUCUCACCGCUGCGCAAUGGCGCUCCCAAUCUAUUUAUCAAGUUCUGACUGAUAGGUUUUCCCAGACGAAUGGGGCGACCAACUCUGCUUGUAACGCCGGAGCCCAGGUCUACUGCGGAGGCACCUGGCAGGGAAUCAUCAAGAACCUGGAUUACAUCAAGAGCAUGGGAUUUACUGCCAUAUGGAUAUCGCCAGUAGUUGAAAACUUGGCUGGGAAUAGCGCUGAUGGAGAGGCUUAUCAUGGGUAUUGGGCUCAGAAUAUCUACCAAGUGAAUACCAACUUUGGCUCUGCUGCAGAUUUGCUAGCAUUAUCUGAGGCUCUGCACAAUGCUGGCAUGUAUUUGAUGGUUGACAUUGUCACCAAUCACAUGGGAUACCUUGGAUGUGGAACUUGCGUUCAAUAUAAUACAUUCAACCCAUUCAACUCGCAAUCCUACUACCAUCCAUUCUGCCUAAUCGACUUCAACUCCAACAACAUGACCCAAAUACAAAAUUGCUGGGAAGGCGAUAAUACAGUGUCUUUGCCAGAUCUUGCCACCGAAAACGCCAACGUUCUGAGCAUGUGGCAGACUUGGAUAACGCAACUCGUGGCCAACUAUACCAUUGAUGGUCUGAGAAUGGACAGCUGCUUCGAGUUAGACUAUGGAUUUUUUGAACCAUUCCAAUCCUCAGCAAACGUCUACAUUGUUGGCGAGGUUGACAAUGGCGACCCAGCGAUUGUUUGCCCGUAUCAAAAGAACUACGGUCUCAAUACUUUAAACUACCCCGCCUACUAUUGGAUCACCCAAGCUUUCCAAUCCACAAGUGGCAGUAUAAGCAACCUUGUUAAUGGUCUCAACACCAUGAAAUCAGAAUGCUCUGAUACCACCCUUCUCGGCUCCUUCAUGGAAAAUCACGAUAAUCCACGCUUCCCUUCUCUCACAUCUGAUAUAUCACUUGCCAAGAAUGCCAUUGCGUUUACCAUGCUUGCAGACGGAAUCCCCAUCAUUUACGAGGGCCAAGAACAACACUUGAAUGGAGGCGGUGUUCCCAACAAUCGCGAAGCAAUCUGGCUGUCCGGGUAUAGCACCUCCGCUGUGCUCUAUACCCACAUCAAGGCUCUGAACCAAAUCCGAAGCCAAGCCAUUAAACAAAAUAGCGCUUAUGUGACAACUCAGGCGGCAGUCACGUACUCUGAUAGCUCCACCAUUGUUACACGAAAAGGCAGCACGGGAUCCCAAAUCGUCGGCGUCUUCUCCAACCGUGGCGCCAAUGGUAGCAGUUACACCUUGACACUGCCAUCAGCUGAUACCGGUUUCACGAGCAACCAACAAGUCGUUGAAGUACUGUCAUGCACAGCCUAUACCACAGAUUCGAGCGGCAACCUCGCUGUGGCCAUGUCUGGCGGCCUUCCUAGAGUAUUUUAUGCCAAGUCAAACCUGAGUGGAACCGGUAUUUGUCCUAACUUGGGUAAGAUCUCGGUCAUAUAUAGUUUGAUUUUCUUGACAAUAUCCGUACCUAUUACUUCAGGAUCCGGUGGUGGUACGACGACUUCGACUCCUCCAACUUCUUGCACAGCCAUUCCCGUGAAAUUUGACGAAACCGUGACAACAACUUUCGGACAGACAAUUAAGAUAGCUGGUGACAUUAGCGCUCUAGGAAACUGGAACACAGCGAAUGCUGUCACGCUCUCUGCAGCCGAUUACACCAGCUCCAAUCCCCUGUGGUUCGUGACAUUAGACUUGGCCCCCGGGCAGGUGGUGGAAUACAAGUACAUCAAUGUGGCUCAAAACGGCGAUGUAACAUGGGAGGCGGAUCCUAAUCACACGUACACGGUUCCAGGAGCGUGUACAGCUCAGCCUACUGUUACAAACACAUGGCAGGGGUAG